AUGGCGGAUUACCUUUUCGGGGUCAUGAUGAAUUCUGAAGCAUCCUUAUAUAGAGGAAAUUUCAUAGAGUUUUUAAAAUUGUUUGCACAAAUAAAUGAAGAAAUUGGAAAGUACAUUUUAAGUAAUGCUUCGAAGAAUUGCCAAAUGACGGCUCCAUCAAUACAAAAAGAUAUUUGUAAUUGUUUUGCAGAAGAAGUGUUAAAGAUGAUAUUUGAAGAGCUUGGUGAUGAUGUCUUUUCUUUAUUAGUUGAUGAAUUGAGGGAUAUUUCUAAAAAGGAACAAAUGGUUGUGGUUUUGAGAUUUGUUGAUAAAUUAGGAUUUGUGAAGGAGCGAUAUAUUGGUGUAGUUCAUGUUAUGGAAACAACCGCUUUAUCUCUUAAAUCUGCAAUUGAUGAAUUAUUUGCUCACCGCAAUUUGUGUGUCGCUCUUCAAAGAAAGAAUCAAGAUAUUUUGAAUGCAGUUGAGCUAGUUAGAUCAACCAAAGAAGAAUUACAAAGGUAUCGACUUGAAGGCUUAGACUCACUUUUAAAAGAUGUUACAUCCUUUUGUGACAAGUAUGAUAUUGAGAUGAUUAACAUGGAAGAUGAGUAUGUUGACCCGAAAAACAGAAGAAGAAAGACCAACAUCACCAAUCGUCAUCAUUUUGUGGUCAAUAAUUUCAACACGGUUCUCGACAUGCAAAUUCAAGAGCUUGGAAACCUUUUUAACGAGGUAACCACUAACUUGCUUACGUGUAUGAGUACUUUGAGCCCGCGUGAUAAUUUUAGUUCCUUUAAUAAACUAAAUUUGCUAAAGUUGGCCGAAAUGUAUCCGUAUGAUUUUACUUUUGAUGAAAAAGAUAAGCUUAUCGAUGAACUCGGCCACUACAUUUCUAAUAUGAAAAAAGAUAGUCGGUUUGAUAACCUGAAUGGGGUUAGUGAUCUUGCCAAAAGGAUGGUGGAAACAAGGAAACACAUUGAGUAG